AUGUUUGAUGACGAUGAAGAAGAAGAAGAAGAUUUAUCAGAAGGGGCAAAGCUCAAAAGAAAAUAUCGUGGCAAAGAUCUUGAUGAAAUUGAUCGUGUUGCUAAAGAAGCUGAAGCUCGUGAAAAGAAGGCUCAUGAUGCACAGGUUUACCAUGAAACACAAAAGGCCCUCUUCCCUCCUUGGUCUAUGGAGCGGAUUCUGAAUGAGGCCAUUAAUACUCCGAGUGUUUACUGGUUGGAUCCAGUUGUUUCAUUUGACUUGGAAAACACUUUGGAAUCUCAGUUUGAUUUCCCUAUCACUCUGAAGGCCUUUCUGUUUCAACGUUUUAAAAAGAUUGAGACAACUCUUAUUACAGAUAACGAUAAGACAGCUGCAGUGGAAGUUUUUGGACCGGUUCAAACAAAAAGCUUCAUCAACAUUCGAUUCAAAGCAGUCCGAGGAGCAGGGAGUUCGAUAUUUGAGUUCACUCUCAUUGACUUGCCGUGCCAAAAUCCAUAUGAUUGGAUUUCUUUGUUCACUCUCUUGUCAAAAUAUGAACAGAAAUUCAAACCAAUUGUGAUACAUCUGAAAAGGAUAUUAGUCUUCUACAUUCAAGAAGUCGGAAAAAUGGAUAUGGAGAUUGAUGAUGUGUUGAGAACGAGAUCAACUAUACAACCUAAAGAAGCUCUGAAUGAUGUAAGUAAGAUGAAGCUUGGAAAAAUCCGAAAGGAUAACUGGAGCGUGGCGUUUCAACAAACAGAAGGCAAGAAGGUUCAAAAGUGCUUGUUUUGCUUACCAGACAAGCAUCUUUAUUCUACAUCCCGUCUGAACUACAUUUUGGGGAUUACAAAAGAGUGCAAAGUGAAUGAUGUUGCGGAUAAAAAGUACUUCGCAGAUAUGAUCAAAUAG